UCAUGCAUUUUUACCUAAUUUUCAUCAUUUUAUCCCAAAUCUGCCCCUAAUUCAUUGUGUAUCCUACAUGAUUCUUGCGCAAUGACUAUUCAAUCCCAGUUGUGUACAUUGAAGACGCAUGAAAGGGUAAAUUGAAGAGGCCGACUGAUGGUUGAAACGGUGCCUUUGAAUGCGAAUAUUAACAUCUGAUUAAUGAUGCAAUUGAAAGGUCGUGCUUUAUGGCCCUAGGGAAGAAGUUGUUCCAUUUUAAGAGGUUGAAUCCCGAGGUUCCUGCUCCUCAACUGUUUCGCCUGAAACAGCCCCUCUUCAUCUCACCAAAACCCUAAUCGGAUUCGUCAACCACCACAUCUAGUAUUCUUUUGUCACCAUCCUUUGUGCGAACAUGAGAAAUUGCGGGCUCCUCUCACUUUGUAUCUUGAAGAACAGAGAUAAUGUCGGGUCGUUGAAGCAUGUAGUGAAAGAAAAGCCAAAAAUGGACGAACUUGAAAAAGAAAUAUCACAAUUAGUGAGCCUACAUGAGCUUAAAUUACAGCUCAAGAAAUGGGCGAAACGAAUGGUGUUAGAUGAGAGGCGUAGGGCCCUUCGUUUAAGAGUCGAGUCAUGCAGACUGCCUCAUAUGGCUUUUCUUGAAGCGGAACCAUGGCAAAGAGACGUCAAAUGGCCGUUACUUCGACAUGGGUUUGAUCAUCAACAACUCUUGGAAGGCCCAUUUUUUGGUAAAUCUGAUCACAAGUGCUAUUAUGGUCCUAUGGCGUUUACUUGCUGGUAUGAUAAAAAAGAAAGCGGGUUUCGACUUAUGGGGUUGGGGUCACUACGAUGAGGAUGAAAUUAAGGUUCAGAAAAGCUACAUGGGCCCGAAGUAUAUCAACUAUGGUCACGAUUAUAGGGGUUCGGGGUACAAGGGUUACUUAUCUUAUGAUGUAAUUCAUUGCACCAUGAUUCGGUUGAAUUUUUGUAAUAGCAAACUUGGCUAUAUUACCAAAUGUAUGUAUAGAACUCGUAGGGCCCACAUAUAUUC